UAGACGGGCAAUAUAUCACGACGCGCUUAUUGCCCGCCAUACCCUUUGCUUGUCUGGGAAAAUACCGAGUCGUCGGCUGCCGGCUGCCGGCUAGAUCUCCCACCUGUCCACUUAUACAGGUAUAACUAUCGCAGGUGACGAAGGGAACGGGGACAGCAUAUCGCACCUAAGUCACCCUAUCCUGUCAGGCUAGAAAACGCGAGGACCGGGCGGCACUCAGAGUCCCCCCCCCCUCUCUUUGUGUCUAUCCUUUGCUGUGGCCCGAGGCAAGGGACGUAGGCGUGCCUCUGCCGCGCCCCAAGGCACUACAAAGCCGCCUUAAAACCCUGACAAAAAGCAUCGUCUCGCCCUUGACUCCAGACACCCUUGCUGUUUCUAGAACACAAUGCAUUCAUAGAGGCCUCGAAUGCAUAAUAGUGUUCUUUGCCCCCGGGGCUUCUGGAUUAUCGGACAAAUCGCCCUUUUUUGCUAUAGAUUCUCCUUGUUCCCCCCCUCCCCUUAACCCCCUCGUCCCCCAUCGUUUUCCGGACCGCUGCGUCGCUUGGAAUAUUCGUUUUUUUCUUCUUCGCGCUGAGAGCGCUCACUACCACGCUAUUCGCUGAUACCCAUUCGCUGAGCCAUGUCGCUCAUACGGCGCCGGAUCGCCGCCCUCGGGCCACUUACACCAGCAGCAAUACUAGCACUUCGUGACGAAGGCACGGCCACCCCAACCGUGCAUACGGGAACCGAAGAACACGAUCCCACGUCCACCAUCGCCCCCUUUGCCACUGCGCUGAACGGCGUGGACCAGGAUAGCAACAUGCUGUAUAAGGACGUGCUCUGGUGGACGCUGGGGAUCAUGGCGCUGGCGAUGCUUGCCAUCCGCCUUCUCGACAUAGCCUGGAGCAAACUGCGGCACGUCUCGACCAUGUCCGUGCCCGCCGAGAAGCAAGGAUACUGGAGGAAAUCUCAAUGGAGCUGGAUGCCGGGCCUCAAGAAGCAUCUCAUCUACGCGCCGCUGUGGAGGAAACGACACAACCGAGAGAUCAAGCUCUCUUCGGCCGUCAGCAUAGGGACCCUGCCGUCCCGACUCCACACCGUCAUCCUCGGCAUCUACCUGAUCAGCAACAUGGUCUACAUGUUCCACGUAAACUGGUCCCAGGAGAACCAGUACGCUCUGGCCGCCGAGAUCCGAGGGCGCUCCGGCACGCUAUCUGUGGUCAGUAUGGUCCCCCUCAUCAUCCUCGCCGGCCGCAACAACCCCCUCAUCGCGAUGCUGAGGGUCAGCUUCGACACCUACAACCUGCUCCAUCGGUGGAUGGGCCGCAUAGUCGUCAUAGAAGCCAUCAUACAUACGGUCGCCUGGGCCUACGUCGCCGCCGCCGCGGACGGCUACGAAGGGAUGAAUUUCAAGCUGACCCACGAGACGUUCCUGGCUUCUGGCUUCGCCGGAACGAUCGCGCUCGUCGUUCUCUUCUUCCUCUCGCUCUCGCCCGUCCGUCACGCCUUCUACGAGACCUUCUUAAAUAUCCACAUCAUCCUCGCCCUCAUCGUCUUUAUCAUGACCUGGGUCCACUGCGCGACCGCGCAGCUCCCUGGCGGGCUCCCUCAGCUCUCGUGGAUGAUGGCCAUCUUCCUGCUCUGGUUAGCGGAGCGGGUGGCGCGCAUGUUUCGCCUCGCCUAUAACAACUGGUCCCGGAGCGGUCUCACCGAGGCGGUCAUCGAGCCGAUGCCUGCCGACGCCUGUCGUGUCACGGUGCAUCUGCCCCGCUACGUAGACAUCGAGCCCGGGACCCACGCCUACCUCCGAUUCAUGGGGGUCAACCCCUGGGAAAAUCACCCAUUCUCUGUCGCCUGGGUCGAACACCGCCCCGGGCCGGACAUGAUAGCAAUCGAGGAAGAGAAAGAUAGUAGCGUAUCGCUGCGAAGAGGGGGAAAAACGUCGGUCUCUUUUGUCAUCGGCGCUCACAGCGGGUUCACUCGGAAAUUAUACGAUAAAGCUCUCAAGGGUGGGGGCCAACCCAUCCGACUGAGGGCAGCGAUGGAAGGCCCAUACGCCGGCCACCACUCUCUCGAAUCGUACGGCCACGUCGUCCUCUUUGCUGGCUCGACCGGCAUCACGCACCAGAUCUCGUACAUCAGGCCGCUGAUCCAGGGCUUCAACGACGAGACGAUCGCGACGAGGCGCAUAACCCUGGUAUGGAUCAUACGCGACACCGAAUCGCUCGAGUGGGUGCGGCCCUGGAUGGACGAUAUCCUGCGGAUGCCGCGGCGGCGAGAAGUCCUUAACAUACGGCUGUUUGUCACGCGGCCCAAGAACGCGAGGGAGAUCCACUCGGCGUCGACGACGGUCCAAAUGCUUCCGGGGCGGCCCAAUAUCCCAACACUUCUCAAGAAGGAGGUUGAGGAGCAGAUCGGCGCGAUGUGUGUCACCGUAUGUGGCCCCGGCGGGCUCGCGGACGACGUCCGACAAGCGGUGCGCGAGAUACAAGACGUGAGCUCGGUGGUCGAUUUUGUCGAGGAGAGCUUCACGUGGUAGAUUUGCUUUCGGGGCAAGUGACUAGGUCAACACCCGAGGUUGGUCUCCCACGGUGCGGGGCGUGACAGCGAGCGUGAAUCAUCGCCGUCUCCACUCUGUCUGCGCCUUGCCACAGAGGCGUAGGGAAAGAAGAGAGAGAGAGAGAGAGAGAGAGAGAGAGAGAGAGAGAGAGGGAGAGGUCAUUUUACAUUCAAUCAUAGCGAGGCGUUCAACCGGGGGAGAGGAGUUC